AAAAAGCGCGUUAAGUAACAAAAUGAUUAACACGUUAUGACGACGAUAACAAAAGGCAAGCUCGUAUUAUAACCUUGAGAGGACAACUCCAUCACUUUUGGCAGAAUACCAAAAUAUGAACUUCCUACCGGGAGUAAACUCAAAGUAUUUGUUUAUUUUCUCCGCAUUGUUGGCGCAGCAAGGGACACACUAAAUUUCAGAAGUGCCCUCAUAGGUUGGUGCAUUUUGGUGCCAUAUUUCAUGAGUUUUGACUCUUCUGCUCUUAAUCAAUCUGGUGCUUACGGAUACAUUACUGAAAAGAUUGCACUUAAGAGCUUUAUGUGAAAGAAAGCAACUAUCUUAUCAUUUGUUGACUUCCAAGAUUGUGUUGUAAUGAACCUAAUGACAUGCUAAUGAGAAAAGGUGAUAAAUCAUCACAUGUUUUGGAAUAAAAGUGGCAACAAUAAGCAAGGCUUGACUUUUCAAAGACCCGCAAUCCCAACUUCAACAUGCAACAUAUCUCGAUGGAAUCGAGAACCUGGAAAUAAGAAAUUCUCCAAUAUAUCUGUUUAGAAAUUUUUUUAUCCCGCAUUAAUUUUUAUUACUUACUAGUGCAUAUGUGCAAGUAUUCUUAUAUACAAAAAAUAGGAAUUUAUUCUUAUGACUUAUGUUAUAAAAUAUUCUUCCAAUAAUUGCAUUCAAACUUUUCUCUUUUGAUUCACCUAAUGAAGAAACUUCAUUUUAGCCAUAUAUGGUCAAAGGCAUUUAAAUUAUAUUCGUCGUGAAAAUUUUAUUGUCAAAUUGCAAUUAAAGAGAUGUUUCGUGCUAAUGACGUGCAGAAAAAAGUGUUUUAAAAACGCAAUUUUCUCAUUGACCACUUAACGGAGAAACCAUAUGCUUUCAAAGUUUGUGAUCUUUUCUCAGCUUCGGAAUUGAAAGAAUCGUUUAUUGGUUCAUACGAAAGAGAAACCACAUGUGAUUUUUAUAAUAAAGCAUUUUUUUCAGCUGUCACAUUUAAAAAUUCAUUUAAUGUCGCUUAUGAAUGAGGAAUCCUAUGCUUGCAACUUUUGCAACAAAGUCUUUUCUAUGAUUUUCAGUUUCAAAAGACAUUUACGGACGCAUACGCAAGAGAAACGGUUUAAAUGCGAGAUUUGCCAGAAAGACUUCUCCCGGAGCUAUAAUUUAAAAUUACAUUUGCAUCUGCAUACGGGAGAGAAACCGUAUAUAUGCGUGUUUUGCGGGAAAGCCUAUUCCCAUAGUCAUGAUUUAAAAGCACAUUUGCGUCUGCAUACGGGAGAGAAACAAUAUACAUGCGAAUUUUGUAACAAACCCUUUUCGUAUAAGGCGAGUUGCAAAAAUCAUUUACGGACGCAUACACAAGAGAAGCCGUUUAAAUGCGAUAUUUGCAAAAAAGCCUUUACCCAGAGAAGUACUUUAAAAGAACAUUUACGUCUGCAUACGGGAGAGAAACCGUAUGCAUGUGAAUUUUGUAACAAACCCUUUUCGGAUAAGGCGAGUUGCAAAAGGCAUUUACGGACGCAUACACAAGAGAAGCCGUUUAAAUGCGAGAUUUGCAAAAAAGCCUUUACCCAUAGAAAUACUUUAAAAGGACAUUUACGUCUGCAUACGGGAGAGAAACCGUAUACAUGUGAAUUUUGUAACAAACCCUUUUCGGAUAAAAGUAGUUGCACAUUACAUAUACGUUUUCAUACGGGAGAGAAACUGUAUGCAUGUGAUUUUUGUGGCAAACUCUUUUCGGGUACAGAAUGUGUCAAAAGACAUUUACGUACGCAUACAGGAGAGAAACCGUAUACAUGUGAAGUUUGCAAAAAACCCUUUUCGAUUAUGGGAAAUUUAAAAAGACAUUUACGGACUCAUACGGGGGAGAAACCAUAUUCUUGUGAAAUUUGUAAUAAAUCCUUUACGUUUAAGGGGAAUUUAAAAAUACAUUUGCGGCUGCAUACACAAGAGAAACCGUUUAAAUGCGAGUUUUGCAAAAAAGUCUUUACCCAGCAAAGUAAUUUAAAUGUACAUUUACGUGUGCAUACGAGAGAGAAACCAUAUACAUAUGAAUUUAAUAACAAACCGUUUUCGGAUUAGAGGAAUUUCAAUUGUCAAUUGUGUAAGCAUACGGGAUAGAAACUCUUUGUAUGUCGCAUUUGGAGGAAAGCCUUUUCCAAGAACGGGGAUUUAAUAGCAAACAAAUGUACGUAUACGAAACGUAAUUAACGCGAAAGAGAAACCGUAUACCUGUGACUUCUUCAAUAUAAGAUAUUCUCAUUCCAUUUCUUUAAGGAAACAUUUGCUGAAGCAUAUCUUAGAAAAUGAAUGAAUUAUAAGCCUCUGAAGUUCAAUAAAGUGCUUAUUAAUGGGAAAACUUCACCUCAUCUUAAAAACUUAUUGUAAUGAGUUUUUAAUAAGUUAAUAAUUUAAAAAAAAAGGACCAAAAAAGAUAUUUUAGUAAAAUAUGUUGAAAUAAUAUCUUAUAGAUUUCCAUUUUGUAUUGCAAAGCGUAUAAUGCAUAUUCAUUGUUAUUAUACAGGGAAAUUCUUAUAUUUAAAUUAAUAUUCCAACUUUGCAGGGCUAUUGAAGAAAACAAAGCAAGGUAUAAUCUUGUUCAUCCGAAAUACAAAGAGCAGUUGAAAAUUUAAACAAUACUGUUAUAAAUGUUCAUUAGAAGUACCUCCAAAAAAUAUGAACAUUAUAACAACGAUGCGGUAUCUCAUCCCAUACCCUUUCAGUUUCUCCAAUAUCAUGCUUUUUAAGUUUGUCAACGUCAUUUGAUAACAGGGGAAUAAACACCUGCUGUUUGUUGUAGCUCCAGGUUAGCUAAUUAAUGUGAAUAUGUGUUAUACGCUUGCGUUAAAUUUUUUCCAAUAAAAAUUUGUAUUUUAUUGAAAAGAAUUGUAAAUUAAAGUACUUCUCUUUUAUUAUUGUGUGUGCCUGUAACUUGUAUAAGUUUUCUUCUGUCAUAUUUUUGUGCCUUCUUAAAGUUUCGAAACUGUGAUUUAUUAUUCGAAAUUUAAAAUCUAAUAUGCAGAAGUAUGACUUCCUACGGAAGAGUGUCAAUUAUGGAAUUUAUAUGACACGGUUUUUUCUGCUUCAACUGUGCAUGUUAUAUUAAACCAUUUUGUAUUGAAUAAUUCUAUAUUUUUCCAAAAAAUUCGAAAAUAAAGUUUAAAAUUUAGGAUUUAAUGAUA